AUGGUGGACAGCAAGGUCCCUCAACCAGGGCCGGCCAAGUUGAAGCGCAAUGCCGGCCCCGACGAAUGGCUCGAGGCCGCGAAAGACUGCAAAUACCUAUCGGAGCCCCAUAUGAAACAGCUGUGUGAGAUGGUGAAGGAGUUCAUGAUGGAAGAAUCGAACAUUCAGCCCGUCUCCACGCCCGUCACCGUCUGCGGAGAUAUCCACGGCCAAUUCUACGACCUCCUAGAACUCUUCCGAGUCUCGGGCGGCAUGCCCGACCAAUCGGACGUCGAGCCCCCAAAGACAUCGCCAUCCGUUAUCACCUCCGACGACCUCGAACCGCCGUCGACCAUCUCGGACCCCAAGCUGCGGAAGAAACUAAGGAAGUCGGGAGGUGCUUCGGAGGAUGUGGCCGAUGAUUCUUCGAAUGCGAGUCGCGAGCGAUCCUCGAGUGCCGGAUCGUCGGACAUCUCAGUCAACCGGAAUUUCGUCUUUCUGGGUGACUACGUCGAUCGAGGAUAUUUCAGUUUGGAGACCUUGACUUUGUUCCCCGAUCGAGUAACGCUGGUGCGCGGCAACCACGAAUCGCGCCAAAUCACCCAAGUGUAUGGGUUCUACGAGGAGUGCUUCCAGAAAUACGGUAAUGCAUCCGUGUGGAAGGCCUGUUGUCAGGUGUUCGACUUUAUGACGCUCGGCGCUAUCAUUGAUGGUAGGGUGCUAUGUGUGCACGGCGGACUGAGUCCGGAGAUCCGAACAUUGGACCAAGUGCGAGUGGUCGCGCGGGCCCAAGAGAUCCCCCACGAAGGUGCAUUCUGUGACCUGGUGUGGUCCGACCCCGACGACGUCGAAACGUGGGCUGUCAGCCCCAGAGGAGCCGGAUGGCUAUUCGGAGACAAGGUGGCCGAUGAGUUUUGCCACGUCAACGAUCUAACACUGAUCGCGCGAGCCCACCAGCUGGUAAACGAGGGAUACAAGUACCACUUUGCCAACCAGAACGUGGUCACCGUGUGGAGCGCCCCGAACUACUGCUACCGAUGCGGCAACCUGGCGUCCGUAUGCGAGAUCGGCGAGGACCUACGACCGACGUUCAAACUCUUCAGCGCGGUCAGCGACGACCAACGACACGUUCCGACGUCGCGGCCGGGCCGCAGCGAGUACUUCUUGUAA